AUGUCACAACUGACCAAUAUCAGCAGUUAUGUCAAACAAGGAAGUGAAAGCAGCACUGAAAAAUGCCAGAGAGCCAUAAGAAAUAAAGAAUACAAAGAAGCACUGAAACACUGCAAGACUGUUCUGAAACAAGAAAAAAAUAACUACAAUGCCUGGGUAUUCAUUGGCCUGGCAGCUGCUGAGCUGGAACAACCUGACCAAGCCCAAGGUGCCUACAGGAAGGCCACUGAACUUGAACCAGGGCAGUUGCUGGCAUGGCAGGGACUGGCAAAUUUGUAUGAAAAAACAAACGGUGCAGAUGUGAGGGAGGAUUUGGUUAAUGUUUACCAGAAACUCCUAGAACUCUAUGAAAGCACAGAUAAACAGAAGUGGUGUGAUGUCUGUAGAAAACUGGUAGACCUGUAUCAGCAAGAAAAAAAGUACCCUCAGGUGGCUCGAAUGUGGCACAAGCUGAUAAAAAUAAGACGGGAAGAAGGUGCAGACAAUGCUGAGCUUCAUCAGCUCUGGAAGAGACUGAUUCAGUUACUGGAAGAAGGCACACAUGUCCAGGAUAAUGAAACACAGCAGUUGCUCCUUAAUGCACAUGAAGAGGCUGUGAAUUCCACAGAGCCAAUUCCAAGUGAAGAACACCAGAAGUUAUAUGGAGAGUUUGUUGAGUGUUUAUCAAAACUCCCUCAUGAAUAUGCUAAACUGAAGACGGCCUGUGAAGAUAUGAUGAGUCUCUACCCGACUGCGAGUUAUCCUCUGGAAGUUCUUUGCUUACACUUCAUUCAAUCAGGCAGCUUGAAUGAGGAGGCCCUGAGUUAUUGUCAGAAACUAUUGGGCAUUGAUUCAAGAAGUGGUCCAGCUCUUACUGCUUUAGGAAUUCAGUCCUUCCACGAAAAGAAAUAUGACGAAGCUGAAAAAAGUCUAACAGAAGGUUUGCAACAGACCAGUCAGUGUCCAGUCGCAUGGUGCUACUUAGGAGAGGUACAGGUGAAAAUGCACAAAUACAAAGAGGCUGUUCAUUCCUGCAAUCAAGCCUUAAGGACAUUAGGACAACUUCACGAAGACAGUUCCCUUCAGCAACACAAAGAACGUGCCUCUUGUUUCAAAGCAGUGGCCUUGCUUAGACUUCCAGGCCCUGAUGCUGCAGAUGAAGCAAUAAAUUCCCUUGAUCAGGUUUUGGAUAAAAACAACAAUCCGAAGCUUAUAGCUCUUAAAGGACAGGCAUAUCUAAAUAAAGGACUUACUGGGGAAGCUUCAAAGAUUGCACAGGAGCUUAAAGUGACACAUCCUGAUCUGGCAGAAGCCGACUAUCUUGAAGGAUUGAUUCAUUACAAAGAAAAGAACUACUCUGAGGCAGAAACAAGUUUCCAGAGAGCUAUUAAAAAAGAAACCGAAGUGGCUGACUUUCAUUACUGCCUGGGCCUCACUUACUGGUUUAUGAGUGAAGAGACAAGAAAGGAUAAAUCAAAGGCUGUCACACAGUUUUUGAAGGCAGCAAAACUGGACAAUUACCUAGGAAGUGCUUUUUAUUACUUAGGUGAAUACUACAGAGAUAUAGCUGGAGAUAAAAACAGAGCUCUUGGCUGCUACAAAAAGGCUUUUGAAAAAGAUAGAACCGAUGGUGAUGCUGGAGCAGCGGUGGUGGAUUUGAGCACUGAGCUUGGAGACUUGAACACUGCCCUUGCCAUCUUGACAGAAGUGACAGAACGAGCAAGUGCUGGGCGAGCAAAAUGGGCUUGGCUUCGUCGUGGGCUUUAUUACCUGAGAGCUGGCCAGCAUUCUCAAGCAGUGGCAGAUUUGCAGGCAGCUCUACGAGCAGAUCCAAAGGACGCCAACUGUUGGGAAUCUCUUGGAGAGGCAUAUUUGAGCAGAGGUGGCUUCACAACAGCCCUAAAGUCUUUCCGAAAGGCCAGAGAGCUUAACCCCAAAUCUAUAUAUAGUAUUUAUAAGGCUGCAGCAAUUGAACAGAUGCUAGGAAAAUAUAAAGAGGCUAUUGCAGAAUAUCAGCAUAUCUUGAAGAAAUCAAAAGAUUACGUUCCUGCAUUGAAAGGUUUGGGAGAAUGCUAUUUCAUGAUGGCAAAGACUGCUCUUGCUGACUACUUGGAUGGAAAAGCUCUGGACUAUAUCGAGCAAUCCCUUGGAUUUUUAGCAAGAGCUGCAAAGCAUCGCCCAGAAGCAUCUUGCCUUUGGAAAUUGCUUGGAGAUGCGUGUACUUGUGUUUGUGUUAUUACACCUUCCAAAGUGAAUGUGAAAAUUUUAGGAUUCCUUAUUGGUCAGGACAAGGACAAAUGUUUGCUGAAGAAAAGUGACCUGCUCAGUUUGGGAGGAAGAUGUUAUGGAAGAGGAUUAAAAUUGAUGUCCUCCCCAAAUACAUGGUGUGAUCUUGGAAUUAACUACUAUCAUCAGGCGCAUCACCUUUCAGCAGUUGGCGGCAGCAAAAAUGAGAUCAGUGAACUGUUAGAGAAGUCUGUACAGUGUCUUAAAAAAGCUGUCAGAAUAGACAGCAAAAACCAUCUUUACUGGAAUGCUCUUGGAGUGGUGGCUAGUUCCAAAGGUGUUGGAAACUAUGCCCUUGCUCAACAUGCAUUUAUUAAAUCUAUCCAAGCUGACCAAAUUAAUGUUGUGGCCUGGACCAAUUUGGGAGUCUUGUAUUUAACCAGUGGAAACAUAGAGCAAGCACAUGAAGCCUUCAAAGUAGCCCAGUCUCUGGAACCCUCCUACCUAACGUGUUGGAUUGGGCAGGCUCUCAUUGCAGAGACUGUGGGUAGCUAUGAAACUAUGGAUCUCUUCAGGCACACUACUGAACUCAGCAUGCAUACUGAGGGAGCAAAAGGCUAUGCCCAUUGGGUGUGUUCAACCCUACAAGAAAAAGGCAACAGAAACACUGAAUUGUAUAGAUACAAUAUUCUUCAGAUGAAUGCCAUCCCAGCAGCCCAAAUUGCUCUGACCAAAUACACAGAAAGAAUCCAAAAUGAUGCAUGUGCAUUUACUAUGCUUGGCUAUUUAAAUGAAUAUCUCCAACUAAAAAAACAGGCAGGAGAUGCUUACCAAAGAGCAGUUCAGUUGUUGAAAAAUUGUGAAGAUAAAGAGAAAUACAACAUAGCCAUGAGAAAUUAUGGCAGAUCACUGUGUGUUCUUGGUCAUUAUGAUGAUGCAAUUCAGGCUUACUUAUCAACUGAUCUCUCAGAAUUCGAUGAUAUUCUGGGAAUUGCCUUGGCUUACUUCAAGAAGGGAGACUUCCAAGAAAGUCAGAAAGCUUAUGAAAAAGCAAUUUCCAUGGUUGAAUGUGAGCAAGACAAAGCAUAUAUCCUCACAGCCCUGGCAAUCAUGAAAUACAAGCAGAAUCAAGUAGAUGAUGCAAAGACUCUCUUAUUUAAAUGUUCUAUAUUACAGAAACCAAAUAUAGAAAGUCUGCAAGCUCUGUGCACUUUAGGGCUGAUAAAGCAGGAUGCUACACUUGCAACAGCAGCACUUAAAGAAUUAUUAAAGCAUGCAGAAAGAAAGGAUAAUAUUUUUAUGAGAUGCCUUUUGACAUCUGCUGUCUAUGCAUUACAAGGCAGGAAUCAGGCUGUUCAAAGACAAGUUUCAAGAACGAUUCACAGUAACCCAGAUAAUCCUGCUUUAUGGUCUCUCCUGUCUCGACUGGUACCUCAGUAUACACCAAAGAAUGCAAAGGGUGGGGCUGUGGCAGGAACUGUUGCUCAUAUUCAUGAUUUAAACCAUGGAAAGAAAGCUUUGUUGAAUACCGCAGUUAAUCAAUUGGCUAUAGGAUGUCACACAGCUGAAAAUGAGAAGAACAAUGCUUUGAAGAAUAUCCAAAAGGCAAUCCAUCUUUCCCCAGAUGAUCCGGCUGCUUGGUCAGUGCUCCUAGCUGCUUGUCAUUCUGAAAACACUGUUGUUUGUCUGCAUAAUACACAGCCAAAGAGGAGAAACCUGGAAAAAAUGAUUGUAGCCACAAUCUCAGCAAAAACUAAAGAAAAUGAUCUCCCAGUUUCCUAUGCCCAAGCUCUUGAAGAGUGGUCUCUUUUCGAAGCUAUUACUGGCUUAAGUGAGACUGGGAGAACUUCAGAAGCAGAGGCACUCUGCACAAAGGGACUACAAACUUUUCCUGAGCAACCAACAUUGUACCUUCUUUUAAGGCAAGUUCAGUACAAGCCACUUUUGCAGUCUCACAAAGAGCUUCCUGAUUCUAUCUUGGAGGAGCUUCAGAAGGCAGUUAUGUCCAACUCCACUUCAAUUACAGCCUGGCAUUGGUUAGCAGAAGUUUAUCAGUCCCAAGGAAUGAUGGUUGCUGCAGAGAUGUGUUUUCGAAAAAGUUUACAGCUGGCAUCCCAGCAGGGAAGCUGGAGUGGGAAGCUCUCUAGCCUACUAAGACUUGCUAAGCUUGCCCUGGAAAUCUGCAUGGCUAACAUUUCAAAUGAUCACUGGCCGUUACUGGUUCAAGAAGCCACAGCAGAAGCUUUGAAGCUUACUUUCUGUCCACUGGGUGUUCUACUACAAGCUCUUCUUCAGUACAACCGCAAAAUGGGGUCAAGGGAAGCCCGUCGCAUGUUAGAGAGAGUGGUAUAUCAACCCGGAUAUCCAGAAACCAUAGUAUCAGUAGCCCGAUGGUAUCUCUUAAGACACUUAUAUGCCAAAGAUGAUUAUGAACUAAUAGAUGCCCUUGUAGCAAACGCCAAAGCUAAUAGAGAUGUUCGGGCAUUGGAUCUAAAUAACAAACUUGCAGCAGCAGCAACAGCAUCCUAAUGCACUUUGUUGACGAAGCUGACAGACAGAGGACUAUCUUCAGAAAGCCAUGGUUUCAAUCUCCACAGGGCAGUUAGUCCUUAAAUCAAGCUUCUGUUCUGCCAAUUGUUCAUAUAUAUAUGAGAGAGAGAACCUGUUAUGAAACCGCUCAUUGCAAAUUUGUGUUCAACUCAACUUAUUUUUAAGAGAUUCAAGGAUGUGCGCCGAUGGACUUGUGAAGAACAAAGUUAACUUAAAGUUGGCAUUAGCUGUGCUGCAAAAAAGAUUUAUGAUUCAGGUUUUGAAACAUAGCAUUGAUAAUAUAUGCACUUGUUAAGCAAAUUAUGACUCAUAGUCAACCCCA